AGAGUACAUGGGCGCUUCAGUAACCAUCACUAUGUUUUCUAUCGCCGGUCUCAUACUCACGUUUCUAAUAUAUCACAGUGCCCAUGGUUUGCCUGACACGCAAAUCGUCGGCGGUGACGAUGCUCCGGACGGCAAGUAUCCUUAUCAGGUAUCACUGAAGCAUACAUUUGAUGGAAAACAUUUUUGUGGUGGGGCCAUUGUUAGCAAGAAUUAUAUUCUUACCGCAGCGCACUGUUUGAAAAGUGUGCCCCAUCCAGCCAAUGUUCUCAUCAACGUUGGAACCAAUCUUCUUUAUGACGAAAGUACACUUCGAGUUACGUAUGCAGCGAAAAACAUAAUAAAACACCCUGAUUACAACGACACACUCAGGAGUAACGAUAUUGGUUUAAUUGAGCUAACGGAAGAAAUGAAAUUCAAUGAUAACAUCAAAGAAAUUAAUUUGAUCUCUAGCGACGAAAAGUUUGAAGGUGUUGAUUUUAUAGUUACUGGUUGGGGAAGAACCUUGCCGAACGUAGAAUAUUCACCUCGCCUACAACAAAUCGUAGUGAAAGGAUUUAACCAAACGAGGUGUGCCGAGACGUACAAGCAUAAGGGUAUACAAAUCACCGAUCGUCACUUAUGCACCCAUCUGGCGUAUAGUGUAGGAGUGUGCCAGGGUGAUUCCGGUGGUGCGCUCACUCUUAACGGCAAUCUGGUUGGCAUCGUGUCCUUUGGUUCAUGCGCCUCAGGCGAUCCGGACGUAUUCACCAGGGUGUUCCCCUACAAAUCGUGGCUCCAUGAGUACAUUAAUGCAGGCAACAAUCAACAAUUGAACAUUCUUCUCGGACUUGUUACAAUGUAUCUCUGUGUACAUUUAUCGUUGUAGAUACGUAUAUUUCGUUGCGCGCGCCAGUGACAAUUUUAGUUAUUAAUGAAUAUUGCGUGAGGAUGAAACUGAAGUACUUGAGAAAAUAUAGUUAUGGAUAAUGUAUUAUAAUUUAUGAAAUUUCUUUCUCAUAUACAUAUAUUAUAUAGCCUAUAUAUAAAGCUUUUACGAAACUUUAGUUUUACGCCAAGAAAAAAGUCAGAAAUUCGAACAAAUUAAAAAUUAAGCUCUUUCUGUAGAAAUAUAAAAUAUAUUAUCGAAUUAUAUUCUG